CCACGUGUCGUCGCCCUCCCUCCUACAGUAUAAAUAACUGAUCCUCCAGUUGCUCCACAUAAUUUGUCUUCGCAUCGAACACGACGCACAAUCAUGAAGUCUGUGAUGUGGAAUAUUCUGGCCUUAUCCUUUGUCCUGUUUGCUUCAGCUCAGGUAUCAAAGCGAUGUCCGCCUCCCUUUGCGUAUCCACACAUCAGCCUGGACAGGAAAUUCGCACAGAAGCAGACGUUCAGCCAAGGAGAGAAGGUUUAUUUCAACUGCGCAGAGGACUUCACCGCAGUCAGAGGCAGCAGAGCUGUGCAGUGCUUGGAAUCCGGAGAAUGGACCAAACUGAGCCUGAAGUGUGAGAAAAGAUCAUGUGGCAACGCCGGGGAGCUGUCUAACGGCCAGUUCGUCUAUGAAGGAGAGUCAUACAUUGGGGAGAGGGUCAAAGCGGUGUGUGAUAAGGGAUACACUCUGAAAGGACUGAACUAUUUGACGUGCAAGAAAUCUGGCUGGAGUGGAGAACGUCCGACCUGUGAAGUGGGGGAGACCACCUGCUCUGCUCCUGUGGUGACCAACUCUGUGAGGGCCAGAGAUGCCUCCAUUUACCGAGUGGGAGACAACGCGACCUUCACCUGUAGGCAAGGUUUCACGUUGGAUGGGGCUCAGCAGGUCACAUGUGGCCCCGAUGGCCAGUGGUGGCCUGGAGCCCCCCGGUGCCUGCCCUCACCUGAUAGCACUACGAAGUUGGCUGAUAAAAGUCCAGUGUCGGGUAACAAACCCACAGGUGGAUGUGAGGUGCCUCCAGCCGCUCCCAACUCCAACGCCGUCCUCACUGACAAGUACAUUGUGAUGACAUCCUUCCCUUCUGGUACCAGGGUCCAGUACAUGUGUGGGGCCGGGUACGUGGCCGCAGGCGGUUCACGGUAUCGCAUGUGCAGAAAUGGAAGGUGGUCAGGACUUAAUCUUAAAUGCGAACGAAAGUUGUGUGGCUCCGCGGGAGAGAUUCUCAAUGGUCAUUUCACGUACACUGGAGUGGAGUUUGGAGACAAGGCUACAGCUGUGUGUGACGAGGGCUUUACUCUGGUAGGAAAGGCAACCAGAACCUGCACGAGUCACGGCUGGGAUGGACGUGUUUCCGAAUGUGAAGCUGCCGCAUGUCCAGAGCCUCCACAAGUGGCAAAUGCAGUGAUCAUGGAUCUCAUAGAGGAGUCGUACACCUACAGGACUGCUGUGCGCUACCGGUGCCUGGUGGGAACCCUUAUAGGAGAGAAGAGCAUUGUAUGUGGAGCUGAUGGGACAUGGAGCGGAUCGCCGCCUACAUGUCAAGCAGAAAUCACAUGUCCGUAUCCAAAUGUGCCCAACGGCGUCUGGAGGGCUCCAGCCAACGACCUGUAUCGGUACAGGGAGACUGUGCAGUUUGAGUGUCUCUCAGGGUUCGUCAUCAGAGGCCCAAAAUCUGUCACCUGUGGUUCUAGUGGCCACUGGCUUCCUAAACUCCCCGAAUGUCUUCCAGGGUAUUCUGGCAGAUAUUGGAGGAAACCGUACAAUGGCUGAACCUGAAUCUAAUACAAUCUGGUUAAAUGUAGUAAAACCAGCAGCCAGGGGUGGAUGAAUAUAAGCUACACUAGCAUUACCAUUAUUAGCAAACCAUAGCAUCUAGCAAACCAUUAUUCUUUAAUAAUUCACUAAUGAUGCUUUUUAAUUUGCACACAACCUCAUCAUACAGACAUUAAAGUUUUUUUGAAGUAAA